UAUCUUACCAGCCAGUAGUAUACAAACACUCGCACAGAGCGGUUGUGCCGCUGGUGUUCACAAAAUGAAUAAUUGGACGUUAUUCUUGUUAUCGAGUAUAUGUUUAAGUCAUGUGUGUGCUUACAAAAUCCUUGUGGUUUUCCCAUACCCUGGAACUAGUCAUUCGAUAUUGGGAGAAGGAUAUGUUCGACAUCUUUUGAGGGCUGGACAUCAGGUGACAUACCUUACUGCGAUUCCUUAUAAGAAGCCCCAUCCAAAUCUGAAACAAGUUGUGGUAGCGUCAGUAGUCGAGAAGUUUGAGUUUUUCAAAACUUUAGAUUUCGAGAAGUUUAUAUCAAAGGAAGUAGAUUUGACAGACAUGCAAGUGAUGUACGAGACGAUGAUUACAGUAGCAAACAGGUCUCUUACUCACGAAAACAUACAGAAAUUCUUGAUGGACACAAAUGAAAAAUAUGAUUUGGUGGUUGCUGAGUGGUUGUACCACCAUCUGUAUAGUGGAUUUGCAGCAAUAUACAACUGUCCUUACGUUUGGUCGUCUUCAAUGGAACCUCAUACAGCAGUCCUGAGCCUGAUCGAUGAGCCUGGUAACCCUGCGUACUUCCCUGACCACAUGUCACCAGUGUCACCACCUUUGACAUUCUCGCAGCGAGCUUAUGAGCUGUAUUAUCUCUUUUAUUUGCGCCGAGUUUUAUGGUCCGUAAGAAGUUUGGAACAGAAAACAUACGAAGAAAUAUUUGGACCAGCAGCAGCGAAAAGAGGAAUAACAUUACCCCCGUUAGAAGAAGUGAAAUAUAACAGCUCUCUGAUGUUUGGCAAUUCCCAUAUAUCUUCUGGGGACCCUCAAAGGCUGCCUAUAAACCACAUUCCUAUUGCUGGUUAUCAUAUACAAGAUGUAGUCCCUGCUUUACCAGAGAAUCUCCAAAAAAUUAUGGAUGAGGCACCGUAUGGAGUAAUAUAUUUCAGCAUGGGUAGCAUGAUGAAGAGUAGUACUAUGCCCACGAAACUAAAGAGGGAUUUCUUGGAUGUAUUCGGCACACUAAAAGAGACCGUCAUUUGGAAGCUGGAAGAGGAAUUGACAGAUGUGCCGAAGAAUGUUAUAAUGGUGAAAUGGGCUCCUCAACCAAGUAUAUUAGCCCAUCCAAACUGCAAGCUUUUUGUUACCCACGGAGGACUUCUAUCGACUACAGAAACCAUUCACUAUGGAGUUCCUAUCAUCGGCAUACCAUUGUUCGCUGACCAGUUCAUCAAUGUAAUGAGAGCAGUCCGCAAAGGAUUUGCUUUGCAAGUGGACUUGGGUCAUGAUACUCCAGCUAACUUGAAAGUGGCUAUAGAAGAAAUUGUAUCAAACCCUAAGUACACUCAAAAAGUCAAGGACUUAUCUUUUAUCUACCACCACCGGGAGACCAAGCCUGGUCACACGCUAGUCCACUGGAUUGAACACGUCAUAGAAACCAACGGAGCCCCACAUCUUCGUUCACCGGCGCUCCACAUGCCAUUCUACCAGAAAAUGUACCUAGAUCUCUUAGCAAUCGUACUUCUAGGAGUAGUCGUCCUUGUAAAGGCGGUUCAAAUAUCGCUUCGUUUGGCGAAGAAGAGUGAUGUGAAAAAAAAGAGAAGUUAGUGAGAUUUUUUGUGACUGUUUGGAAUUUAGACAAAAGUGAUUGUGAAAGCGAUUUGAAGCUUGACAAUGAAGCCAGUUUUUGUUUGAAGUUGUUAAUAAAAAAAUAAAAUAAAA